AUGAAGUAUUCAGUGUUCUCAAUUGCGGCUCUUGUCGCCCCUGCCCUGGGCAAUCCAGCCUACUACUGGCGGCAAUAUCUCUCUCCUCCAGUCCAUCUUGCCGAUGCUGGUACUGUCGACAUCCAAAACAAGUCUCCAUUUGACGUCGAAGUGGAUGUAGAACCACAGGGAUAUCAAUUCAACAUUGCGCCCGGGGAUCAGCACUCAAUUCCAGGCGCACUGGUUGCGGAUGUGAAAUUUAACCAACAGGUAGAAGUGAGCUAUGCCUCUGGUGAUCAAGGCACGUUUAACUAUGUCAUUCAGCCGAUUGGCAAUGACUUUGCUGGAUGUGUUUAUGUUUCACCGGAUGGAUGUGAACCUCUGACCUGGUGUGCUGGAGACCCCCCAACACAUCCAGUGACCUGUAAAGCUGGCACCGGGCUCCCUGUAACCUUGUAUAAGCCUAGGUAUGUCUCAGAGCCAAAAAUCUCAAGUCCCCGCUGA